AUAUUAUUGUUUUGAAAUGUAUGAUGAUAUAAUAUUUUGUUUUAUCAUUUGAGAUUAUUAAUGCGGAAUUAUAUGUAAUUGUGAGCGGUAAAUUUAUUUUUGUAAUCCAUUUAUUAGGAAGGCUUCACGGUGGUAGAAGGGUUAGUGCGUCUGCCUCACAAUACGAAGGUCCUGCAGUCCUGGGUUCAAUCCCAGGCUCGUGAUCUUUCUGUGUGGAGUUUGCAUGUUCUCCCCGUGAAUGCGUGGGUUCCCUCCAGGUACUCCGGCUUCCUCCCACUUCCAAAGACAUGCACCUGGGGAUAGGUUGAUUGGCAACACUAAAAUUGGCCCUAGGGUGUGAAUGUGAGUGUGAAUGUUGUCUGUCUAUCUGUGUUGGCCCUGCGAUGAGGUGGCGAAUUGUCCAGGGUUUACUCCGCCUUCCGCCCGAUUGUAGCUGAGAUAGGCGCCAGCGCCCCCCGCGACCCCAAAAGGGAAUAAGCCGUAGAAAAUGGAUGGAUGGAUGGAUUAUUAAGAAAAGAUAAGGUACUUUAUUUACACAUAUAAUUUCCACACUUUUGGAGGCAACAAAAUAAGUGAUGUGACGGGCCAGAUCUGGCACCCGGGCCUUGAGUUUGACACCUGUGCUCUAAUGAGUCAGUUUAGAUUAUAAAAAUCUUUAAAUCGUAGUCAUAACCCCAAAACAUUUUUGCAACCAAAACUCCUUUUUUUAUUUUUUUCAAAUCCCUUUUUUGGAGAGUUAUGUAUAUCCAUUAUUUUUGUUUGGUUGUAUAAACAAAAUAUAUCCAUACACUCACUGCACACACAUCAUAAUCAUUUCUUAUUUUUAAUUGGCACUGUUCAUGAGAAGGUUGUAAUCAAUGUAUUGUUUAAUUAUUUAGAGUUACAUUGGUUGGUAACAUACUACUAGGGCAGGGGUGUCAAACCCAUUUUAGCUCAGGGGCCACAUGGAGGAAAAUCUAUUCCCAAGUGGGCCAGAAUGGUAAAGUCAUUGCAUGAUAACUUAAAAAUAAAUAAAAACUUCAGGUUGGUUUCUUUGUUUUACUUUGGCCAAAAAUAGAACAAGCACAUUCUGAAAAUGUACAAAUCACAAAUAAUCCUUUGGACAAAACUUCAAAUUUGUGGAAAAUUCUGAGGAAUUUGGUGGCGCUUCAAAAACACAAUGAGCUUAGACUUUGUCUCAGUGUAUCUACGAAGCCAGGGUUAAACUUUUAAGUCACAGUCUUUCUGGGAUUGAACAACAACACAAAAUGUGAACUCUUCUAGGUAUCAUCCUUUGUCAUGUCCACGUAUCAAUCCAGAGCUAACUCAUCAAACCAUAGGAAACGGAGAUAAAAACUAUUCAAAGGGGUUAGAUUCACUUUUUUCAUGUUUGACAGAGACAUUUUGGGGCAACGAGGGUGCCAAAUGACGAUGUGUUCGGAGCAGAAGACAUAAAACUGCAGGUUUUAAAUUUCAUGGUGAGGAGAGCAGCCACAGUCCCCCUUUACUGCAUACCUCUUACUUGGCCCCUAUAUAAACCGUUUGCUUGUCUAACAGAAUUGCUAUUGUGACAUCCAGUGGACACUUUUAGAACAGCAGUUUUGUUCCUUCAAAAAAUAAAAGCAGCUAAUUUUUGUACUUGCCAAACUCAUCACACGGGCCGGAUAAAACCAGUUCACGGGCCGUAUGUUUGACACCCCUGUACUAGGGAUUUUGGGCCCCGUGAAAAGAAUCUUUACAGGGCCCCCAACACAGCGGCAACAUUUUUUUAAUGCUAUUUUACAUACACUUAUGCAUCUUAAUGGUAUUUUUGACUAUCUUUACCAUAUUUUUGAAGGAAGAACAGCAUCACAGUUGACAUGUACAGUAGGGGAAGAACUGAGCACUCUGAAUACAAUGAAAUUCAUUUUGAGUAAUUUAUUUGCAGCACCACUGAUUCUUAAAUUGGAAAUAAACUCUUCCAUGAAAAAAAUAGCAAUUAUAAUCAGUGGAGAGAAAAAAAUCUCAGCAAAAACAAAAACGCCAUCAGAAUACAAAAUGGCCAUAUAUGAUUUCUCAUAAUUUAAGGGGAAGGGAGGGCCCUGCAGGGGUUGAUGCUUUCAAAACAAAUAAAGGUAUUGUUACCAGGACAUGGAAAAUAAAACAUAUGUUAGUUAAUAACUUAGUGUCAUUAUUUUUCUGUAUUAUAAUUUCAUCAUCAUUGGGGGCCUCUCUGGGCCCCCCUCCAUCAUGGGCCCCAAUAAUCCGUCUCCUUCACUAGGGACAUCAGUUUUGACAAGCAAUGUCCGCUAAUACCGCCGCAAAUGGAAGAUAGAAACUGACACUUGAUAAUAACAUGAGCAGCGUGUGCCAACUUUUAAAGAAUGCAAUAGCUUUGUGGGCGAAAAAAGUGAGUCAAACUAUACUAGUAGUAAGUGAAAAGUGUGUUAGCAAUGGAGCCAUAAACAGCAACAUAGCAGAAGUGUCGUGCCGGGGGGGAGGGGCUCCACCAUGGAAACGUGCGCACGCACUUCGUGUGUUUUGUUGCCCCCCCAACCCGCCCAAGGUUGAAGCUCACCUCGCUUAGCUGCCCGUCCUCUACAUGUGCGUCUGCGUCUGCGUCGUAGCGUCCAUUCCAAAGCCGAGCUGCUGCUGCGGCGGCGUCGUCGUCACCCGGCUCCUCGCAUGGCCGCCGGAGCGUGCUGCAAGUGUCCCGUCUCUCUGUCUGUGUUCAAGCGCUCUCUCUCGGUGGCACCGCGGGGCUCAGCGACUCCUCGCUCGCGCCUGGCGGGCUGGAGGCGCGGGGAGCGGGGCCUGCUGGAGGCGGCCCGGACCUCCAGCGCCCUCAGACCCGCGGGGUUCAGUCGACACACGGUGUUCUUUUGUCUGUCGUGCCAGGAGUCCAUGAGCGACAGCCUGAGGACGUGUUAUGUCUACCUCAACCAAACCAGCAGGAGUUUUGCAGCUGUCAUUCAGGCCUUGGAUGGGGAGCUAAGACACGCCGUUUGCAUUUUCUACCUGGUGCUGCGGGCGCUGGACACCGUGGAGGACGACAUGAGCAUCCCCCUGGACAAGAAGGUCCCAAUGCUGAAUGAUUUCCACACCUACCUGUACCAGGACGCUUGGAACUUCAGCGAGAGUCGGGAGAAAGACCGGCAGGUCCUGGAAGACUUCCCCACGAUAUCACUGGAAUUCCGGAAUUUGGCUCAGGAAUACAGGGAUGUCAUCUCAGAUAUCUGUCACCAAAUGGGAGCAGGAAUGGCUGAAUUCCUGGAGAAGAACGUGGACUCCAUGAAGGAGUGGGAUCAGUAUUGCCACUAUGUGGCAGGGCUCGUGGGCAUCGGCCUCUCUCGCCUGUUCUCGGCGUCCCGGCUAGAGGAACCUGAGGUGGGCUGGGACACAGGCUUAGCCAACUCCAUGGGGCUCUUCCUGCAGAAGACCAACAUCAUUCGAGAUUAUCUGGAGGACACGCAGCAGGGACGUGCUUUCUGGCCGCGAGAGGCGUGGAACCAGUUUGCAGACCGACUGGAGGACUUGGCCCAGCCCGAUAAGCUAGAAUCAGCCCUGUCGUGUCUCAACCUGCUCGUCACUGAUGCGCUGCACCACGUGCCAGAUGUCAUCGCUUACCUGUCUCGCCUACGCAACCAGAGCGUCUUCAAUUUCUGCGCAAUUCCUCAGGUGAUGGCGAUAGCUACACUGUCAACGUGCUACAACAACCCCAUGGUGUUCCAGGGAGUGGUCAAAAUCCGAAAGGGCCAGGCUGUGACGCUCAUGAUGGAGGCGACCACCAUGCAGGCGGUGCAGAACAUCAUCAGCCAGUACAGCCAAGAGAUUCUGCACAAGGUCUCGCUCACAGACCCAUCACGGGACAAGACCCUGCGCAUCCUGGCUCUCAUCAGAGAGAAGUCGCAGUCCAGCCUUCCCAUUAGGAGCCCCCACCUGUCGCCCAUGUACUUGUCGGCCGCCAUGCUGCUGGCCGCCGUCAGCUGGCAGUACCUCAGUGCCACGGUGUCACAGGCCGACAUGCAAGGACAGUAAAUGCCCCCACACUGACUUAUGAUGGCCCCUCCCUCCUUCACUGCAGUGGGGGUCCACGUCCCCCAUGAACAGAGAAACACCUAUUCUUUGUGGACAACUGCAAGUAAUAGCAGGGUAGCUGUGCAGGCCUGCAUUUCAAUGCACCGUCUGCAUAGUUAAAGUUAAAGUACCGGGGUUUUGUCUGCUUAAAAUCACCAGCAUAGAAUGGACUCUUCAUGUUUACGUGUACCUUUCUCUUUGAAUAUUGAUGUGAUUUAUGGGAAAAUGUCUGUUCAAAUUAUGUCAUAAGCUAAGAGGAUAUAUCCCCUCUGUCUCUUUCAACUCCUAGUAGAACUGUAGAGUACUUCCCACGGGGCUUUAUUUUGAAAGGGAGGAAAAUCACUGCAAAUGUAUGUGUUCUGCAUAUUAAUGCACGCUGCUAGAGAAAGUGUCCUUAAUGAGUAAAUAGAGCUUUGGUGAGUUGAAGAAAAUAAAAGGCAAGCACAGAAACACAGAACCAAAGGUAAAGUUGAACAAACAUUGCUAUGUAAUGUGAACAUUUGAUUUAUAUGUACAUUUUGGAGCAAAUAAAAACUGAGAGGAUA